GGUGGCGGGGAAGCACCAUAAGUAAAUGCCAAUCGCCCUUAUUGAUAUGGGGAAAACGAAGCUUGCCAAACAGGCACUCGGAGCAUGUGUCACGGCUAACAUAACAUUUUUCGAGGCUUAAUGAUGUUUAGAAAUCGCCCAUUAGUACGUUAAACUCGAAGUGUAUUUAAAAUAUGUAAUAGAAACCUGUCGGACCCCCAGAGAUGUACUGAAAUACUUUGCUGAUCAUCGUUUUAGCUCAAAUGCCUAUAGAAACAUAAUGGAGAUAUCUCUACUCCUCAUCAUCUUUUUGUUCAUCAACGGUGUUGUUAGUGAUGUGUCUGUGUCACUAUAUGAGGGAGAUUCUGUUUCUCUACACACUAAUACUAAAACACAAAAAGAUCAUCUGAUCGAGUGGAGGUUUGGCGAUCAACAGGAUCUUAUAGCGAGAAUCAACGGGGAAGCUUCUUCACUCAAAAUAUAUGAUGAUGUUCUUGAUGGGAGAUUCAAAGACAAACUGAAGGUGAACACUGAGAAUGGAGAUCUCACCAUCACAAACAUCACAACUAAUAAUAACACUGGAGAUUAUAAGCUAGAGAUCAGCAACAGAGCGAUCACGAGAAAGACAUUCAUCAUAAAUGUGUUUGGUGAUAAAGUGAAGACAGAGAUGAAGGGAGAUUCAUUCAUUCUACACAAUAAUGUUACCAAGAAACCAGGAGAUGAGAAGAUUGUGUGGAGGAUUCAACACAACAACUCUCCUGUAGCUGAAAUAAUCAGAAAUGGAAAGGAGACAAAUGAUGAAGUUCUUGAUGAGAGAUACAGAGGCAGACUUCAGGUGGAUGAUCAGACUGGAGAUCUCAUCAUCACAAACAUCAGACCUGAUGACUUUGGAUCUUAUGAAGUAGAUAUCACUGUCGGCAGUCACAUAUAUACUAUACACAGAUCAUUCAGUGUCAAAGGCAGUGGAACAAGUCAAUGGCAAACAUCAAGCUUAUCCUGCAUACAUGUCAAAAGUACUUAUCAGAGGCACAGAGCUUCUGUUUGUAUUGAACUAGAUUCUGGUUCAAGAUCAAGAGCAAUUGCAACAACAGUAAUCAUUGUUGUUGUUAUUCUAGUUCUUUCUGUUGCUCUUGCUGUCGUUUUAUACAGACGUCGUUCUCAUGGCAGGUGUUACAACAAACCAUCUUUUCGUUUGAUACCAUGAACCCCACCAGUGUUGUUUGCACUCCUGUCACUUUCAGUGCUGACAUUCAAGCAAAAUGUAAGUGUUCAUUGUUCAUGUUCAUGCAAAGAUGUGUGUGUUGAUUGUGUAAAAAAUGAUUACUCAAGUAUUUUUUGAAUGAUAGAGCCAAAGCCAAGAAGCUUUAUUUUUGUGCCCUGCUCUCUCCUACGUGCACAAACUAUCACCCAUUUCACUUAUAUAAAACAUUGAAUCCAAAUCUAAUAGAAAAACCUUUCUCAUAAUUAUACAUGUGCACACAUACUGUCUUGUGCUUAAGUUUACAUUAACUUUGUUAAUCACAGUGUUUGAUAUUUCGUUUGAUAAAAUAUGUUAAUGUGUUACAUCAGAUCUUAUUUU